AUGAUGGUAGGUACCUUUGCUGACGUCGUACUUGCCGAUGCCAUCGUCAAGAACAUCUCAGGCUUUGACAGGGAAUUGGCUUGGAAAGCAUUGUACAAAGACUCUUACGAGGCAUUCACAGUCGAUUCCUCGCGUGGCAAGACGGGACUGAAGCACUACCAGGACAUUUCCGGCGGCAAGGGGGCCGGGACUCUGGAAUAUGUGAAGGUUUUGCUAAGCUUUGAGGAUGGAAGAGCUUGGCAUGGGACAGAGAUGUUCAAAGCCUACGCGUUUCUGAAAAUUCGGACUGAGCACCGCGACUUCCUCGUGGAUUACUGGAUCCUCCACAACUACCACUACAAGAACAGCGGCAGUGAGCUGAGCAGCGAGAACCCUUAUCGGCCGCCGGAGCGCGGCAUUUCAGACCAGGACCUGGACAUCGCCGAUUGCACCUUGCACCCCUUCGUCUUCGCAGUCGGAAAGGAAAGCUUCUGGCAGGCACUUGGGACGGAUCCGGACUUCAAACUUCGCGCUGGCAGCACUUGGGCCGGGCACUUGGGACUUCAAACUCAGCCCGAAGAAAGCUUCUGGCAGGCAUCUGUAACGGAUCCAGGCCUCAAACUCGGAAAGCUUCUGGCAGGCACUUGGGGCGGCGAAGGCAUUUCGCGCAACUUCGUGGGACCUUGCAGUCAACUUGACUUCUUGUGGCAUCGAUUUGGCAAGGAGUUGCACGGCGGUCGAGAAAAGCUCAUCCAAAAGUUAGAUGAGCUUUUCACGGUCCCAUCCAACUUCAAAACCGGUUCCUACAAGGAGCGUUACAAGCCCUUAGCCGUUAUCGUUCUGCCUUCAUACUCACCCGAGCUGGAAAUCAGUCAGUAUGCCCACAACAACCAGCCAGCUCACCAUUUGCCGUAUCUUUUCGCUAUGCUCGGUGACCACAACACCACCGCGAAACUCGUCCGGCAGAUCCUCACGCGUGCGUACUCGCCAGAAGGCUAUGCGGGUGAUGAAGACAAUGGAGAGAUGGGAUCCUGGUAUGUGCUGAGCGCGCUGGGGCUGUACCACCCGGACACUUGA